AUGGAUAUGAAUUUCCCCGAGAAGUUGUCCCAAAUUCUCCUCCCAACGGUCUCUCAAGUGGCCUCUCCUGUCUCCUGGCGGCUCACGAUGCAGAUGCUGCACAGCGCGUCCCGAAACACACUGCCACUCCUUACAGUCGACUUACGUCCCAUACCUCUAUACACUAUCGAGUCUCACAAGAACCAGCAAGCUGUUGCAGCAAACAGACAAGUCAGCAUCCCAUUCUCCGAUUUGACCCCACGUGCCCACAAGGCCAAACCUCUCGACACUGGUCGACUAAGGUAUGAAUUGGCCUCUCAAAUCAAUGCCCCCCAUCUCUCCACUGCAUUCGUGCAUCUGGUCUGCGGCCAUGCAAGUCAGUUUGCCGGGCCGGGCAAGGCAGGACACAAACUCAUGUCUUGCAUCUACGAGGUGUCUAUCCACCUGCACGCAUCGGCCGGCCAGUUCGUCAUCUUGAACGCCAUCUGCAAAGGGACCGAGGCCUCUCGCUGGCCCACGAAACUCGCAUGAGAGGGCUGCCUGCUCUCGGUGUCCGUUUUUGGGCAGAACAUCGUCAUUCACCCCACACUGUCUCUGCAGCGAAGAGGUUCUCCCUCUUUUGUAGGACUUUGUGUCCACUGCUAUCGGUACAUCACGAGGCACAUCAUCUCGAACCUCCCGCGUCUCUUUGAACACACGCCCUUGAGAUCG